AUGGCGGCAUCUCUGUUCACAUACUCCUCAACCUCUCGAAGAGUCAUUCCUGCCCCAAACUCUCCUCCACUUCCAAUUCACAUCAAGGCAACCAAUGUCGUAUUCAACCCUGACAUUCCAGAGGUUCAUCGAGGUCUUGGACUCGAUGAUUUCGUCAAUUUCUUGAUUUCUUGCCGCCUCCGAUAUGCGAUCAGUGAUGUACCAUCCGAGUUCUUCCCUGAACAAGUAUGUGAGUUUUACUAUACUGCAACAGUUAAUGAAGAAAACAAUGCCAUCACCGGAACCAUUGGUCAUGGCAGACACUCUGUCUUCAUCACUGCAGAACUUCUCAGUACUGCGUUAAGGUUACCUCUUUUCGAACCAUUUUCUGAACCUCCAACUAUUGAAAGAUGUAAACGAAUGUUUGAUCAACUGGGCUAUGAUCAUUCAAAGGCUGGUACUCGAUCAGCUCUUAUUUUGCGUCAGUGCAUGACCCCAGGCUGGAAGUUUUUCACUGCUGCUUUAUGCAAGUGUGUGGGCCACAAUUCUCGCAGUGGUGAUCAAUUGAGUAAUUAUGAGCAACAAGUCGUCUGCUCUCUUCUUCUCAACAAAAGAUUAGAUUACGGGGCACUAUUCUUUGAUCAGCUUGUUCAGCUUCUACGUGCAAAUGUGCGUGCUGAUCAUGUUCCCUUUCCACGCUGGAUUGCCCUGGUGUUCGACAAAUUCUUCGCUGCUGACUACUUUUCUCACUCUGGGAAUCCAAUCCAAUGCCCUCGAAUGUCCGUUCGUAUGUAUCAGGAUGAUCCUUUGGAUACUGACAUUGGGAUCUCUGAUAGGAUGAGAGAAUAG